GUAGUCCGCGGCUAGAGUUCGCAGGCCGCGCCCGUGUAUCAAAAAUACUCCCUUAAGUAAAAUUAUGUUAUAAUGAGCUUCAAAAAUACCUGACUUUAGUGGCUGGUGUUUACAGAUAGGUGCGCAGGAUUCUAACACAUGUGGCAAAAAGGCAUAAGGUUCGAUACAGCGUGGCACAAACCAGGGUAGUUGGUUGAUUCUUCGAGCGACGGAAUGAUAGGAGGGUUGAUUGGCAUGUGACGGGGGGCUUAGUGAGCGGCAUGCUGGCCGAGCGCUCGAGGCGAGCCGCGCUCGCCGGGCUCGUGGCGCUGAUCGCGCUCGGGCCCUGCUCGGCCGAGCUCGAAAUUACAACCGCUAUUGCGUUUGAUCCAUCAAAACGCGGAGGUGCCAUGUAUGGUGAUGGAUGCUCCACGGUGAUAGAAUGCGGGUUUGCGGAUUCCAUAUGUGACAGCGUGCAAAAGACUUGCCGCUGCCACCCGGAGUUCGCCGUCACCAACUAUGUGGACAAAUGUGGAAAACCGGCUGGCAUUAAUGAAACAUGUGCAUUCAACCAACAAUGUGAAGAGGCAGUACUCAUGACCGAGUGCAGAAAUGAGCGCUGCGUAUGCUUGUACGAGAUGGUCGCUGAAAUGACAGUCGAUGGGGGUUUCGCUUGUAAUCCGGUGAAACAAGUCGAAGAAUCAACUCGUACUCUAGAUCCGGCUAUGAUUGGAGUGUUGGUCGGAAUGGCUCUUAUGUUUGUCAUCAUUUGCGUCGUGCUUCGUCUCUUUAGCCGAGCAAGAUGGAGGGAGAACCGCACCAUUUUCAAUACACCAAAUCCUCGACUAAUGAACGUCUCACUGCUACGGGAUUCUAAGCUUUUGCAUUCUCAGGACCGGCGCGGCUCACGCGUGAGCGUGCGUCCUCCAUCGAGGCAAGCCAGCCAACAAGAACUCAGACCACAUUCGCCCAGUCCUGCACGACCUCACCAAAGCCAUCAGCUACACCGAAAAACCUCAGGGUCUAGGCGUGGAUCGAGAGCUAGCAGUGGACACUCUGCGACCUCACUUAGAUCUGCCACGCUCAGAUCACCAACCGCUCCGGGACCUACUUCUGUAACCGUUGAAAUACGAGCACCGGAUGUUUAAAUACAUAUUAAUCUAAAUGCAAGCAAUAACAAAAUUGUCAA